ACGCGGCGUGCGUCGGGCGGCGGCGCCAGGACUGGCGGGAGGCUUGAGAGGCGGGAGCGGCCGCCGCCAUGGCCAGAGUGUGGCAGCACCCGUACCUCAACGUCUUUAAGCACUUCAAGGUGGAAGAGUGGAAGCGGUCAGCGAAGGAAGGCGAUGUGACGACCGUUAUGGACAAGACGCUCAAGGGAACCGUCUAUCGGAUUCGGGGUUCGAUUCCCGCCAGCAACUUUGUCCAGCUCCCCAAGACCAGCAGCCAGUCUCUGGGGCUGACGGGGCGUCACGUCUACCUCCUUUUCAAGCCGAUGCCCGCCAAAUACUUUGUCAUUCACCUGGAUGUGGCCACAGAGGAUAGCCAGGUGGUCCGCAUUUCCUUCUCCAACCUCUUUAAAGAAUUCAAGUCCUCAGCCACGUGGCUGCAGUUCCCUUUCAUCUGCGAAGCCCCUCGGAAUUCAGAGAAUGACUGCACAGCCAAGACCUCCAAGCGAGACCACAUCGGGAUGGCCUCCGCCAGCGGGCGCUGGACCUGCCUGCAGCUGGACCUCAACCUGACCUUGGCGUUGUUCCUGAACCGCCACUACAGCCACCUGAAGAGCAUCAAACUGUGCGCCAAUCUGCUGGUGAAGAACCUGUUCACCAGCGACCUGCUGUUCGACCCAGGGAUCACCUUUUCGGAGGCCCGCCGGGCCAAGCUGGCUCUCCCAGGCUCUUCUGCGAUGCCCCGCGAGAUGGCUUUUCCCGUCUCCAAGGGACAGAGCUGGCACGACCGCUAUACGUUCAUCAGGUUUCCCUCCGAUGGCCCCCUUGCGCACCAUGAUUGGAUUCAGAGAGGCGGAGGCGGAUCCCCUCUCCCAGCAGGUCCAGCGUGCCCUCUUCCCUGCCCAGUGCUGCUCAGCAGACCCGUCCAGGACCGAGUGGCCCUCGUCCAGCAGAUCACCAGUCCCCUAGCUAGGCUUCGCCCACCUCCCUCUGGGAUGAGGACACCUCCCGAAGGGAGCCGGGCAGGCCCCAGGCGGCCAGAAGCGGCAUCUGAGAGACACCGGGACACCGGCGGACAGGAGCCCCUUGCUGGAGGGGAUGCCACCGGUCCAGCCUUCCCCAGGGACCACAGAGGCUGCCGCGGAUCCCCUCACAGGCUGGCUGGAGACCCUGGCAGCCUGGGUGAAGCCGGGACUGAUGAGGUCGCCCACACCCCGACUCAAAGAUCAGCGGUCACUUCCGACAAGAGAGCGCUGCAGCACAGCAAGCUGCUGCCCGACCCGAUCCUGAUGCUGAGGGGAAUCAUCGGCUUCGGUGGCUGCAGCACCAGUCAGGCUCUGUGGACUCAGGACGGCGCGUCGGUGGUGUACCCUUGCCACGCUGUGGUCGUCGCCAUGCAGACGGAAACCAGGGAGCAGCGCUUCUUCGUGGGCCACACCGAUAAGGUUUCCUCCCUGGCGUUGAGCGGGAGCAGUGCCUUGCUGGCCUCCGCCCAGACUGGCCCACUGAGCUUGGUGCGGCUGUGGCACUUCCCCACCGCGAGAUGCCUGGCUAUGUUCAAGAGCCCCGUCCGCUCCGUCUGCUCCCUCAGUUUUUCCUUCAGUGGCGUUAUCCUCUGCGGCGUCGGUAAAGACUGCAAGACUGGGAAAACGAUGGUGGUGGUGUGGAAUACGGCUCAGGCGCGCCUGGGAGGUGACGUGGUGGUCCUGGCCAAGGCCCACACGGACGCGGACAUCCAGGUCAUGAAGAUUGCCUUCUUCGAUGACACCAGGAUGGUUUCGUGCGGUAGAGACAAUGUGCGUCUGUGGAGGAUGCGGGGCGGGGUCCUGCGCUCCUGCCCCGUGGCCCUGGGGGAGUACCACUCUCUGGACUUCACGGACCUGGCCUUUGAGGCGGGUCAGUCAGCUGACCGGGCGCCCGAGGAUCGCCUGCUCUUUGCCUGCAGCCGGAGCGGUCACAUCCUGGACAUCGACUACACGAGCCUGACCGUCCAGAACGCCCGGCGCCUGCUGCCGUCUCCGGUCUGGCCUGCCCGCCAGAGAGAAAGGCAGACGGUUGGCUCAGGCCCGGGGAUCGCCAUCAACAGCAUCAGCGUGUCGUCGUCCUUCUGUGCCACCGGCUCGGACGACGGCUACCUGCGGCUGUGGCCCCUAGACUUCUCAAGCGUCUUCCUGGAAGCCGAGCACGAAGGCCCUGUCAGCUGGGCCGGCAUCAGCCCCGACGGCCUACGCGUCCUGUCCGCCACCUCCACGGGCAACCUGGGCUUCCUGGACGUCCCAUCCCGUCACUACAGCACCCUGAUGCGCUCCCACGUCAACUCGAUCGUGGCCUUUGCCUCGGAGGGACAGCGGCGGCAACUGGCCACGGCCUCUCGCGACCACACCGUCCGCAUCUGGGACCUGGACGCUCGGCAGCAGCUGUUUGACUUCACCGCCUGCGACGCUGAGACCCCGGGCCCUGUUGCCUUUCACCCUUCCUGGCCCCUCCUGGCCUGCGGCUCCAGCAGCGGCACAGUGAGAACCUUCAGCUUGGCGGACUCGGACCUCGUGGCAGAGCACAGGCAGCACCAAGGGGCAGUCACCGGCCUGGCCUUCUCCCCGGAUGGCGCCUACAUGUUCAGCUCCUGCACCAGGGGCACCGUAGCGCUCUACAGCUGCUCCCUCCAGAAGCCCAGUGUUGUCCGGGUGUUGGGGAACGUGGUGUGCCAGGAUAACCGCCCGGGCUCCUGCACCCUCGCAGUCAGUGGAGACAGCCGGCUGCUGGCCUGCGUGGGUCCCUCCGAGUACACGGUGACCGUCAUGGACGCCUGCUCCCUGGACGAGUUGCUCCGGGUGGACAUCAGCAUCCUGGAGUUGGGCAGCGCUGGUGUGGACUCUGCCGUGGGCCUCUGCUUCGCCCCAGGGCCCGGUGGCCAUCUGCUGGUUUCCACCUCCUCCCACAAGAUCCUGGUGCUCGAUGCCUGGACCGGCCGCUUGGUCCGUGAGGUGUCAGAUGUUCACAAAGCAGCCUGCUCCUCGUUGGCCGUGAGAGGGGACGCCCGCUUCCUGCUGACGGCCGGUGAUAGGGUGGUCAAAGUGUGGGAUUACCAGAGGAUGUCGAGCGACCACUUCCAGGUGUUCAUUGGCCACUCGGAGCCGGUGCAAGGAGUGGCCUUUACUGCCGACCAGGAGCAGGUCAUCAGCGUGGGGGAUGCCAUCUUCCUGUGGGACCUUUUAGUGGCCCCUGAAAGAGAGGUGGCCCCGGGCAGCGGCUGCCGGUCACCCGAUACCCUUCUGUCACCCGAAGUCAGCCCCGGUGCCACGGAGAGCGGCGACGGGAUCCCCCGGCAGUCGGUGCCCGUACCCUCUCGAACUUCUCCUCCUCGGCUAGAUGGCGGGGCCGUACCCCUAGGGGGAGGAGGCCAAGGUGUGUUUUCAGAGUCUGAUGAGGAAGGAGUCCACGUCCAGGGUCCCGUCUCUCCCCCUGUGCCCCCAGAGAAGCAGCAAGGCGAUGGCAGUGGCAGGAUGGGAGCCGUGGCGAGCCUGUUGAGAUGGCCUCGAUCUAUGUCUGUCAGACACUCCAGAAGCAGCCCGGAGACCCGAAGAGCACAGCCUGAUUCUGAUCAGCAUUUCCUUGCUCCCUCCGAGGCGUCGCCCCUCCCCAAGCGUGCCUCCUGUCCGUCGGCCAGCUCUGAGCGGCUGAGGCUGAAAGCUGUCGUGGGCUACAAUGGGAACGGUCAGGGGAACAUGGUGUGGAGACCAGAUACAGGCUUCUUCGCCUACACCUGCGGCUGUGUGGUGGUGGUGGAGGACUUGCACUCUGGCUCCCAGCGGCACUGGCUUGGCCACCCCGAGGAGAUCUCCACCCUGGCCGUCAGCCACGAUGCCCAGGUCCUCGCCUCGGCCUCCGGGCAGGGCAGCGGCGCUUCCCACUGCCAGGUCCGCAUCUGGGAUGUGGAGGAGGGGACGACCCACAGGGUGCUCUUCCACCACCAGACCGCAGUGCAGGCCAUGGCCUUCUCCCGGGACGACCGGCUCCUUGUCACUCUGGGGGACCCUUCGGAUGGCACCCUUGCCCUGUGGAGCACCCUCACCUACAAGCUGCUCUCCUCCACCCGCCUCUCGGAGCCCACCCCCGCGGUGGCGUUUAACCCUUUCUCUGCCGACGAGCUGGCCUGCGUGGGCCGGGACAGCAUCACCUUCUGGCUCCUGGACCAGCACAGCACCGAGGUCAACCUCAAGAUUCACAGGGUCGCCGUCCCCGACCAAGUAGGACCGGUGGAGCUGUCGUCCCUCUGCUAUGGCGCCCCUCCGCUGCUCUAUAGUGCCACGGGCUCCGGCCAGAUCUGCGUGUGGGACACCGAGACCACCCGCUGCUUCAUGUCCUGGCAGGCCGAUGAGGGCGAGAUCGGGCUGCUGUGGGGGUCCGGAAACCGACUGGUCAGCGGCAGCAGCAGCAAGCGACUACGCCUGUGGGCGGUGGGAACGGUGCAGGAGCUGAGGCUGGCGGGCUCGGGGGCGAGGUCCAGCUCUGUUCUCUUAGAGCAUGAGAUGAUCCUGGAUGGAGCAGUGGUGAGCGCCAGCUUUGACGACAGCACGGACAUGGGCAUCGUGGGCACCACGGCCGGCACUCUGUGGUACAUCCACUGGGCCGAGAGCACCAGCAUCCGCCUCAUCAGCGGCCACAAAAACAAGGUGAACGAGGUGGCGUUCAGCCCCGGGGAGUCCCACUGUGCCACAGGUGGGGAGGAUGGCAGCGUCCGGGUCUGGUCGCUGGCCAGCAUGGAGCUCGUGGUGCAGUUCCAGGUGCUCGGUCAGAGCUGCCGGUGUCUAGCCUGGAGUCCCCCUUCCCGGACCGGAGUGGAGGACCACCAGCGGGUGGCGGCGGGCUACAGCGACGGCACCCUGAGGCUCUUUGGCAUCUCCAGGACCGAGCUGGAGCUGAAGAUGCGGCCGCACUCGGCGGCCCUGACGGCAGUCGCCUUCGCUGCGGGGGGUGAGACCAUCCUAUCAGGGGGCGAGGAUGGGUUGGUGGCCGUCAGUAGUCCCCGGAGCGGGAUCACCGUCCGGCUGCUCAGGGACCACGAGGGGUCUCCCAUCACCGUGAUCCAGAUCAGAAGCCGAGAGGCCCGUGACUUUGGGCUGGAAGGUGGAGAGCUGUGGUUGGCUGCCAGUGUGGGUCGACGGGUGAGCGUCUGGGUUUCCGAAUGGCUGAAGGACCGAUGCGAGCUGGUUGAUUGGCUGAGCUUCCCAGCUCCCGCCACCCAGGAGGUCUCCAGCAGGCCUCUGGCAGCCUUUUGCCCCUGGGAUGAGAGCCUGGUGGUCUGCACAGGCUUUGGGAUGCAGGAGGAGGUUAUUUUCUACAACCUCUACCAGAAGCAGGUGGUGGAGCAGAUCCCGUUGGCUCACCCUGCUGCUUCCCUGAGCUUGUCUCCCGCAGCCCAUCUCAUGGCGAUCGGCUUCAGGGGAGGCCUGCUGAGGCUGAUCAAAUGUCGGACUAGGACGCAGCAGGACUUCGUGGGACACGGCCACCCCGCCCACCUGUGCAGGUUCACCCCGUCCGGCCAAUUGCUCUUCACGGCGUCCUCCAACACUCUCCUGGUGUGGGAGGUGAUGGACCAGUGAGCCCCGGGGCCGGUGCCCGCGUGGCAGCUCGGUGCUCGGAAUCAGAGCCCAGGCUGGUCUGGCGGCAGUGGGCAGGGGGAGUGGCAGUGCCAGUGGUGGGGGGCAUUGUCCAGGCCCCCUGUUGGGUCUUGGCUGCUGCCUGCCAGCUCCGCCCCGCGUGGCUGGACCCGGGGCCCAGUGCUUCUUCGGUCACCCUGAAGCCCUCAGAGCUGAACCCUUGGGCCCAGCCGGUGGAUGGAGCUGAAGAUUCUUUGCCUGACUUCCCAUGAUGGGGCUGGGAGGUCCCAGCUACAGCUCUGCUGCGGGAAGCCAACACACGUUCAUCUGGGCUGGGGUCGGACCGCCCCUCCCCGCUCUGCCCUUUCCUGGGCAUGGGCCUUGGCCCAGAGGCUGAAGCGUGCCGUCAGCAACAAGCCAGGGCCCAGCUGGAAGUGGCCAGGCACUCCUCUCUCUGGGGUGCCCUGAGGUAAGCCGGAACGGUGACUCCCGGCAUCCACCGGGGUGAGCGCUUACUUGUGCAAAAACCAAAACUUGGAUGAGGUCCCGACCUCACCCCCUGGCUUAGCCAGAAUGGCCUCCCGGUCCCACCCUGACUCGGCCACCGUGGCCCGGGGCCCCUCUAGAUGGGGAGCAGAGACUUGUGCAGGCUGGGGAUUUGCAGAUUGUCCCUCCGCCUGGAUCCUUCAGCUCAAUCCCGGAGUGUCUCGUGUCGUCGUGAAACGAAGGGGGUCAGAGGGCAAGCUUCUCUCCACGACUUCCCAGUGCCUUGAAUGGACCCAGUGGCCCAGGGAUUUAGGGUCAAUGUGGGUUUUGGUGGUGUGCAGAAGGAGGGAGGGGACCGUUGAUAUUGGGGACGGAACCCUGUAAUUGCUCUGACUGUGGGCAGAGUGGAGUUGGCAGGCCAGCAGUUCUCUCUUCCGGCCUUUUCUCUCCAGGACUUUUUCGCUUUCUACUCUUUUCAAUAAAAAUGUGGGGUUUGGAUCUGCCCAGGAGCCCAAACCAGCCGAGG